CUUUGCACUCGAGGGCUCCGGAGCGGAGCCAUUUAAAAUUUGUCUUCAAACUCGAGGGCUCCGCUACGGAGACAAUGGAAUUAAUUUUCAGUUUUUAACAUGAGAACAAAAACAAAUCGUAAAAAUUAGUUAUAGGAUAUUUCGCUGUUGGUGACAAAUGACGAUCGCGGCUCGCAGAUUGUUAUGCUCUCGAUAACAGCACACAAUCGCGGUUUGAGCAACAUUCCGCAUUCCGCACUUGGAUGCAAGUGAGUUCAGUCGUGUUAUUCAGCAGUAGAGUGUAUAUCAGAUUCUAGUUUAUCUGUUGUUUUUAUAUUUUGAAUUCAUAUUUAUAUCCCCGAUAUGGCAAAUAAAAGAAAAAUUUGUGAAAAUUAUAGUGAUAUUGAAAGUAGUAGCGACGAAUUAGAAUUUGAAGUUCAUGGUGAACAUUACAGAAAUAACAUAGACGCUCUUGGCCGUGAUGAAGCAGACAAUAUUGAACUAAGCCAUGAAUCCGAUUCUAAUGAUAGUGAUAUAUUUCCUGUAGUACGACGACACAUACCGAGAAUUGAAAGUGAUAUUGAGGGAUUUGAAAGUGAUACAGAAGGAAAUGUAGAAGACACAACAGAUUCAACUGGAAAUGACGAAUGGAUGGAUGUUUCGGAAGUGGAUAAUAUCCCAUCUCCUAUUGAUUUUGAUAUUUCACCUCGAAUUGCCGGACCACAAAUUUCCAACGAUAUAAAAGAACCGUUAGAUUUUUUUCAAUUAUAUUUUACAGAUACAUUGAUUGAUUCCAUAAUAAAAGAGACAAAUGAUUACGCAAAUUCAAGAUUGCGUGGAAGGCAAUUGUCAAGGAGAUCAAUAUGGAAUACAUGGAGUGAUGUUAAUCGGAAAGAAUUUCUGGCCUUCAUCGGAGUGAUCUUGAAUAUGGGAACCAUGCCGGUUGCAAAUCUCCAGGAAUAUUGGUGUACCAAGUUCACCAGUAAAAUUCCAUUCUUUUCAGACGUAUUUACCCGAGAUAGAUUCCAGCAAAUAUUUUGGAUGCUUCAUUUACACAAAAAUGCACCAGUAGGCAGAAAUACGUGCUUAAGUACUCGUAAUGAAGCGGGUUUGACAUCGGUUGAUAGAAGAGUACGUGGUGGUGAAUUGGUCAGAAUACAAAAACCUAAAAUUGUUAUCGAUUACACAAAAAAUAUGCGUGGAGUAGAUCGGGCCGACCAAUAUGCUGCAACAUAUUGUUUUCUGAGAAAAUCCCUGAAAUGGUGGAGAAAACUAUUUUUUUGGGGGAUGGAAAUGUGUACCGUAAAUGCAUAUAUAUUGUACACUUCUGUUAAAAAAAUAAAUAAUGAAAAACCAAUGACACACUUGAAGUUUGUAAAAUUGUUGGUGGACCAAUUGAUUGGGAAUUUCCGACAAAACAGCACAUCUCGAGAAUACAGUUACACACCAAAUACGGAGGCCAGACUCAACAACCACCUACAUAUUAUACGUUCUGGAACCAAGAAAGAUUGUGUAGUGUGUUCGAAUAGAAAAAUUCCAGGCGAAAGACGGCAGACCCAUUAUUUUUGUGAUACCUGUCUAGAGAAGCCAAGAUUACAUAUUGGCAAUUGCUUCGAGAGGUAUCACACUUUGGAAAAUUACAAAAUGUAAUAAUUUUAUAAUUUUUUUAUAUAUCCUAACAUUUGUAUCCAUAAACAAUUAAAAAAAAAUAAUAACAUACAACGAUGACUUUUCUUUCAAUGCGUAUAUCAUGAACUUACAUGUGAAUAUGAUCUUUUCACUCAAAUGGCUCCGAGUUGCUGGUAAUAUGACUCAAAAAAAACUUCGAGUGCAAAG